CCUCGAGAUCGUCGUUCGUUCAUUCUGAACGAACAUGGUAGAAGAAUGCAAGACAAAAUUGAAACCAAAUUGCGAUCACUGCGACAGUCAGGUAAAAGAUGCAUACGACUUGCAAGAUCCUCGGAUCAUACAGAAAUUGUCGGUUUGCUUAAACGGACUAUCUUACCUCUCCGGUGACCUAACCUACUUGGAAAACUUGACGAAACUAGACAUAUCAAAGAAUAAUUUGGAAGAAUUGCCAACGUCCGUAUGCUUGCUCAAGAAACUCGAACACUUGGUGGUGAACGACAACAAAUUGGUAACUCUACCAGACCUAGUAGGAGAAUUGUGUUCGUUGAAAAUUUUAUGCUUAUCCAAGAAUCAAAUUAAAGUCCUGCCGGACUCGCUGGGAAACCUUGAUCUUAGAGAAAUGUACUUGGACGAUAACAAUCUUACGGAUCUACCCCUCUCGUUCGUACAGUUAAAUGAUUUAAAAACACUAGACGUAGCUAAUAAUUGUUUAAAGACUGUGCCAAAGUGCAUCACCAAUGGAAUGAAGAGACUGGAAAAGUUGGACUUGUCUUUUAAUCGGAGCAUUAAUCAUCUACAUCCCAAGCCUGCGAGCAACCGAUUAAGGUGGUUAUACUUCAAAGAAGUCGGACCCUGCCUUUGGUUUCCUUCCUGGCUUUUUACCUCGAUGUAUGUCAACUUUGAAGAAAUCUCUUUCAAUCGCACACAGUUUGAAAGAUACGACAUACCGCAUGGGAAUAUAGAAUUGCGUGUUAAGAGGUUAUCAAUGGAAAAUUGCAACUUAUCGGACAUAGAGCUAGGGAAAGUUCUUUCGCUCGCGACAGGUCUUCAAGAACUAAAUAUUUCAAACACACAGAAAGUUUCUAAAUGUAAUAUGCUUUCCAAUCUACCCUUAACAGCUCUGAAAAAUAAAAAAGAGUUGAGAGAAAUUCACGCCAGAGCAACGGGUCUUCCUACGAUUCAGGCUACCAUAAGCGAGUUUGAAAACCUCACGGUAUUAAACUUAGGUCGCAAUAAUAUCUUUUGGCUUCCUGAUGAAAUUUGCCAGUUAACAAACCUGGAAGUACUGAUAGUCGAAGGUAACAGUUUGAUAACGCUUCCGGACAAUAUUGGAGACAUGGCAGCCCUUGUUAAGUUGCAGGCAGCUUGGAAUUCGUUAUCUAGCCUACCUGACUCGGUGCAAAGGCUGAAGAGCCUUCGUUUUUUAGAUUUAUAUAUGAAUGACUUUAUGGAAGUACCUGAAUCAGCAGAGAAGAUAGAUUGUUUGUUUGGAUUCGACAUCGACGGGAAUUACUUUGAUACCACUGGUCUGUGGAUCGGAAAGGUAUCCUAUGAAGACUUGAAGAAUAAAAUACGCAAGAAUUCCGGCAUUGUUGAUACUCCAAGAUUUUCUGGCCCAAGAAUCGAAGCAACAGAAAACUCGGAGUCAAGUUCCCAACCACCUAGCGCCUCCACAGGAAAUAACUCUCCUGGAGAAAUAUCACCGAAGAUGGAUAAUGAAAAGCAUGAAUUUGAGGAGAACUGGGACGUUUCCGAAGAUUCUACCGACGAAUUCGACCCUAAUAGCCAGAGAGAGCCGAAAUGUCGCAGAAAAUAUAAGACGUUCGACGACGGUUGGAGAUGGAAGAAUUUCUUUGAUCCCUCCGAUCUGCAUAGCAAACGAACCGGUGAGCGAGUAUUGGUAAUACAACGAAAUAACCCUGACAAGUUGGCCAUAAUGUCCGGAGAGGACCAAUUUGAAGACGCCUAACGUUUCUACAUAAAUAUGUACAUAUUUAUCAAACGGACGGAUAAACAGUAUUUUCCUAUUUAAUUUUCUACUUAACGGGUCCUUAAGCUGCGUAACUGUGUUUAGAAGUACUGCCAUUUUGAUUAAAUGGAUGACAUGUAAAUUAUACCGUCUUAGCAACAUUGUUUAACAGCUUAGGGGCACAUCUCAGUAAUGCACUUAAUUGUUAUUGCACUCUCAGAAACAUAAACAACCACCACAUGAAUUUGUUGGCAAAUUUUAUGAGUUCCGUUAUGGUAACGAACGUUUCCAGUCGAAGUUAUAUAGCGUUAAAAGAAGUACAAAGUAAUUUGUAACAAUGCAGGAUGCACUUAUCCCUUAAUUGGCAUUAUCGAGUGUUCUGUCAAUCCGAUACACGCAUUAACGUGAAAAUACGAUAUCAAUUAAGAGUUGUAUUAGGUGGCCAAAAACUCUGGAAAAUAUCAUUGUCACUUUCAAAAAGUCGCAACGUGAAAUGUCGUUAACGCAAUAGUCAAACGUUAAAUAUGUUUUCCAGUGUAACACAUUACAAGAAAUACCCUUGCGUUAAAGAAAAGUUUAAUUAAGUAACGUGUGUUCAACCAUGGAAUUUUUUCAAAUAAAAUACAGGCUCUAGGUCAAUUGACUUAACAACUUCAUUGUAA